AUGUCCAAACGCCCAGAAUCCAGACCGACCCUCCUCGACCUGCUGAUCGGCUUCUCGGCGUUCGCGCUGUUCCUCUGCGGCGGCUGGAAGCUGCUCGAAGUCGAGAUCCGCAAGAGCGACCUCAAGCAGCAGCUCCGCGACGUGGAGAUGGCCCCGGCAGACCGUCAGUUCCUGGAGUUCGUCGAGAUGAAGCGAUCACGCCCGGAUCAGAACGCCGAUCAGUCCGACGAUCUCCUGGCCGGCGUGCCUCGCGGCACGGGCCGGACCGGCACCGUCACGCAGAGCGUUUUCCCUGCCGCCCAAGCGAUCGCCGAGGCCUUCGCCUGCGGGAUCGAUCAGCUCAGGCCCGGUCUGAUGCUCGUCGGCGGCGUGAACGGCAACGAUCGCCUCAUCGCCGUCCCGAACCCCACCAACACCGUCAUCGUCGCCGGCUCGCGCGCGGGCAAGGGUGUCUCCCACCUCGAACCCAUGAUGCAGACCGACCGUUCGUCCCUGCUCGUGUGCGACCCCAAGGCCACGCUCGCUUCGUACCUCGAAUUCCGCGAGCGCGUCAUGGGCCACGACUGCCACCUCGUCGAUCCGAUGCGGAUCAGCCAGAAGAUCGCUCACCCCUACCGCACCGGCUUCAACAUCAUGGCCGGCGUCGAUCCAGAGGACACGGACCGCGUGAUCGACAUCGCCGGCGUGAUCGCCGACUCGAUCGUCAAGCAGUCUCCGCGCGGCGAGGCCCACUGGGACCUGGCUUCACUCAUGUUCCUGGAGGGCGUCGCGGCCCAUGUCAUGAGCUCGCCGAUCUACGAGGGCAAGCGGAACCUGGGCACCGUCUACGACCUCGUCAUGAACGCCGCCGAGGACGGCGACGAGGACGAACCCAGCACGCUCGAAAGAGAGAUGAUCGAGAGCGAAGCCGCCGACGGCUUCAUCGCCGCAUCCGCGCACGCGCACUACGACCGGCACGAGCGCGAGCGCAGCUCGGUCCUGUCCACGCUCCGCCGGCACUGCGACUGGCUCAAGUACCGACGCAUCCGCGAGCUGCUGUCUACGGACGGCAUCACGCCCUCGAAGAUGCUGUCCAAACCGACGACGGUCGUCGUCGCCCUGCCGGCCUCGAGGCUCGGCCUGCUCUCCCCCCUGCUCCGCCUGCUGAUCAACGCCACGAUCGACGCGGCCGAGCUCGGCGAGCACCGGCACGGUUUCCAGACGGGCAAGGGCGGGCACCCGCUGCGCGUCGUCAUCGACGAGGCUGCUUCCGUGGGCCACAUGAAGUCGGUAGAAGACGGCGCGUCGCGUCUGCCUGGCGUCGGGGUCACCUUCACGACCGUGCUCCAGGAUCUGGCCCAGGCACGCUCGAUCUGGAGCGACCGAUGGGAGACGUUCAUCGCCAACAGCGGCGUCACCGUCUUCUUCGGCAACACCGACCUGACCACACUCUCGCAUAUCGAGAAGCGGCUCGGCAACACGCUCGUCUACACCCAGUCCAAGUCGAACACCAGCUUCCGAUCCACCGUCCAGGACGGCGCGACCGGCAGCGGCUUCAGCGUCACCACCCACCCGCUGCUGAGCGUCCCCGAGAUCGCCAGGAUCUUCGGCAGGGCCGACAAGCAGAGACGCCAGCUCGUCUUCGUCGCCGGGCACGACCCCAUGAUCACCGAGCGGAUCCUCUCGAAGCGAGAAGAGGCCGACGGCUCGAUCUCGCUCAAAGGCCGAUACGUCGGCGCGGGCCGGUUCUACAUCGCCACGGUGGUCGCCCGCGUGCUCUCACGCCUGGCCGCCCUGGCGAUCUUCGCUUCGGCCUUCCUCGGUCUUGCAGCAAGCACACUCCCCCACUUCCCGAGCGAGAGCCCGUUCUGGCGGGUGUUCUCCGAGCUCGCCGAGCUCCGGCAUCAGAUCAACACGCUCUUUGCGGCGCUCCCGGGCGAUCUGGGAUCCCAGAUCGGCUACGACCCCUACGCCCAGGCCAGCAUCCACAUCAUCGUCCUGUCGAUGAUCCUCGGCUCGUUCGCCAACGUGAUCGCAUCGGUGCUCGUCUGGGGUUUCUUCCUGGCGCUGUGGCCGAUCGCGAGCAACAAGAUCAGCCUGCGGAUCGCCGGCGACUCGCUCACGGUACACAAGUUGCCGCGAUCGCUCGUCUACCCGCGCGACCAGCGCACGCACCUCACCGUGAGCCUGGGCGUCUUCGAGCGGCACUGGAUCCAGCGGAUGCCGUCCGGGCGGAGAAGCAGGCUCGGACGCGUCUGCUCGAUCAACUGGGAGCCCAGGCUCGUCCUGACGGAGUUCGGGUACCGGGAACGGAAAGCCCCGAACAGCAAAGGAGACCACACGAUGGCACGCGAGAACGAGAACCGCAACAACGCAGCACUGACCGCAGAGAGCGCCCGCAGGGACAGCGAAAACGAGAUCAGCGAGGUGAUCAAGGUCACCGAGCGUGAGCGCCGGACGCUGGAACGCGAGACCGUCACCGAGACCCCCCGCCGGGACGAGGGACGCGACGACCGCAACGACAGCGACGCGAACCGUCGCGACCGGAGCGAGGAUCGCCGGACCCACACUGCGAGAAGGGACCGUCCGAUGCCCACACCAGACCUUCGCGAGAGCGAACAGGAAUACACGUUUGAGGAAGCCGUGACACGAGACCCAACCAUCAUCGAGACGAUCUGGAAAGCGGCCGGCCGAGCCACAAGCUCGAACCGCGACCCGAACGCCCAGGAGGUAGUCGCGGGCCAGGUCACCGUCGAGAGCGUCAAGGACAAGCAAUCGACGGCGCUGGUCGAAGAGUGGCACCCGAUCGUGACGAUCCGUGCCCAGCGCAAGGCCGCACGGUACAACAACAACCCGCGUGAGCGGGACCGCGUCGCCGACGGCAGCAACACGAUCAGGCAGCACGCGGUCGAUUCGGCCGAAGAGUUCCGCUCGCUCAUCGACCUCAUCGAGGAACAAGUUGAAGAGCUGGACGCCGAGGAACGCUGGUUCCUCAGCGAGGUGCGCCGGAUCGUGUCCAUCGUGACCACAGUCGACUACCUGCUCUGGGACGAGCAGAGCGCACGCGAGCUCGACGAGUACCUCGCGGAGAACAUCAGCUUGGCCGAGCAUCCGAACAAGGAUGAACCCGGGUUCGACAAGGACGCACGGCUGAGCGUGCGCAAGGAACCAGAACAGAAGAAGGCACAGAUCCUCCUCGACACCGUCACGCAAUUCGCGGGCGAACGCGUCGUCAACCGCGCCGGGCUCCGCCACGCCCGCGAGAUCAUCCGGAUCGUGUUCUUCGCCGGCCACCGUGACCCGACGCUCCCCGUCUACGACUACAUCGAGAGCGCCGAGCACACCGAGGAAGAAUCCACCGCGCACAUGGAGGCCUUCGCCGCCUACGCGCUCGGCUUCUUCUUCCGCAAGGCCGAGACGAAGCCAGAGAUCAGCGGCAAGCCAUCGAUCGAGCCGUAA